CUGGAGGGAGGUUGCUAGGAGAAGCUGAGCCACAGUUGCCGGUGAGUUGUAUCGAGCUGACUGGGGGGUGAUUCCGGCUCCACGUGACUGUUUCCCGUGGUGUGCUGACUCAGGAUGUGGUCGCUGUGCGCUCUCGCUGUUGCCGGUGUUCUGGUGGCGCUUCCCGGUAGUAUCCAGGCCCUAAAAGCUGGCGAGUGCGAAGUGUGCGUGUCUUUCCUGGAUCGCUUUUAUCAGUCUCUGAAGGAGAAGAAUGUGGAGUUCAAGGCCGAUGUGAUUGAAAAGGAGCUGCUGAAGUCCUGCAAUGAGGCGAAGGGGAAGGAGAACAGACUGUGCUACUAUAUUGGGGCUACCACCGACGCAGCCACAAAGAUCACCAAUGAGGUGUCAAAACCACUAAGCUACCACAUCCCAGCCGAGAAGAUAUGCGAGAAGCUGAAAAAGAAAGAUGGUCAGAUCUGCGAAUUAAAAUACGACAAGCAAAUUGACUUGAGCACAGUGGAUCUUAAGAAGCUGAGGGUCAAAGAACUGAAGAAGAUCUUGGAUGACUGGGGGGAGACUUGCAAAGGCUGUGCUGAAAAAUCCGAUUAUAUCCGUAAAAUCCAUGAGUUAAUGCCCAAAUACGCUCCUAAUGCAGCCAACGCACGGACUGACCUCUGAUAUCCCUCCCAACAGGGAAUAAGCAUGGACUGAUCCACCUACCUUGGGAGCUGGCAGACUGACCCUCUUAGUUUUCAUUUUACAUUUAAUUAGGUUUUUUUCUGGUUUGUUUAAAGAAAACCCAGACUACAGAAGAUCAUACGCUGCAGGGUCAUCUGCAGAGAAAAGAACCCCCUCUGUUUGAUAAAUCUGUAAGUUAUGUAUUUGUUUUUCUCUGAGCUGUCUUUUGACAGUAUAUGGUCUUUUUUUUAUUAGUUUCUUGCAAUUCUUUUGAGUGGUAUUUUUUUUCUAUGAAAAUAAAAGAAUCCACUCUGGAUUUUGCUGUACUCUUCAGCCAUGGGCUGCCGCAUGCUUUGUCCACACUUUAUAACACGGCGUGAACUAUAUGUGUGGCAGGCCACGAGUGUCCCCAGGAGGCACUCUACAUGUGGCAGCACACAGGUUUCCAUGACUGUUUCUCUAGUCCGAAAAAAUAAAUAAAUCAGUAUUUCACUGACUGGCAAAAAGCUAAAAUAAAAUAAUAAAAGUUUACUCUUUUCCAUAUUACAAAAAACUACUUGAGCCAGGUUUGUGCGAAGUAUGUUUUAGGGCAUUCACAGAAAGAAUUGCAAUUCUUGUUUCUUCUGUUCUCCCUCCAUCCGUUUCUGUCGAAUGUUUAUAUUUUACUGUGCCCGAGUGACUCCACAACCUAUAAAUUGAUAUUUCUCUA